GGGGGAGAUGCUGCUGAGUAAAGUUUGUGGAUACUUCUAGAGGGAAUUAUUAGCCUUUGAACUUUGGGGACGAGUCUCUGAGGACGGAGCGCUGUGAGAGAGGCAGGACUUUUGGACAUCAUGGCGGACACCCACCGUCUCCUCCUCUUCCUCCUCCCCUUCAUCCUAACUCACCCUGCCCUCAGCCAGGACCCCUCCGUCACCACGGUGACGGAAACCGAAGGCGACUCGUUGCUCGUCCCCACGACGCCGGCCAACCAGACGACGGCGAGCUACGCGGAGACCACGCGGGACUCCCCUCCGGAGACGGGCCUGUCCACGGCCAGCAGCGGCGGGGACGCGGACGACGAGGACGCCCUCUCCUCCGGCGGUACCCGUUGCCAGGGUUACUACGACGUGAUGGGCCAAUGGGACCCGCCGUUCAACUGCAACGCCGGCGUCUUCCUGUACUGCUGCGGCACCUGCUUCUACCGCUUCUGCUGCCAGUUCCGGCAGCAGCGGCUGGACCAGAGCAUCUGCUCCAACUACGACACGCCCAUCUGGGCCAACACCGGCAAGCCCGUGGCCGCCAUCACCGAGGGCGAGGAGGACCUGGACCGCGACCGCACGCACCUCAUCGUCUACAUCAUCUGCGGCGUGGUGGCCAUCAUGGUGCUGGUGGGCAUCUUCACCAAGCUGGGCAUGGAGAAGAGCCGCGGAGGGAGUGGAGGAGGAGGAGGAGGAGGAGGAGGAGGAGGAGGAGGAGCGGCGGCGACGACGGGGCAAAGUGACCUCAACUCCAGGACACUGAUAGACCUGCUGAAGCAGCAGGCAGCUGAGGUGAUCUCAGUAGAGAGCGCCACGGCCGCUUCGCCCGACGAAGAGAGAUCCAACGGCAUUUCAGCCAGGAUGCUGCGCAGCAGGAGUGAACAGUACCAUCUGAGUAAUUCUUCUCACGGCCCGUUUGGACCCGGCCUCCCGCACCCACACAGCAACCACAGCGUGGUGGGACUCAACAAGUACACCUCCCUCAAAGCCGUGGCGCACAGUGCGUCCCGGAGCUACUACAAGAGCUUCCCGCUCAUGGACUUCUCCCAGUACCAGCCCGUGGCGCCGCCCGCCUUCCAGCCUGUGCCGGCGCCGCCCAAAGAGAAGUCAUACAUCCACCAGCCGGUGUCGGCGCACCACCGCGACCUCCACGACCUCCACGCCCCGCUCUCCAUCUCCAUCCCCUCCGGCCACCCGGAGCUGUCGCGCCCGGCCGACGCCUCCAUGCACCCGCUGGCGUCCAGCUCGGCCUUCAAAGCCUGGGAGUCGACCGGCCGCCACGUCCACAGGCAGGCCUCCAACCCGGGGGGCGCCGCCGCCGCCACGCACAACUCCACCCGGAGACACGGCUACUCCACGCGGAGGCAGCGGAGCAUAGAGAACAUGCAGGACCUCUUCAGCCAGGCCUACGGGGGGAUGUACGGAGGCGCCGGAGGCGGGGCCGGGCCGGGGCCGCACGGACAGGGGCAGCACUCGGCGGCCCAACCCUCCUCCUCCUCCUACCACCACCACCACAGGCACAAGAGAUGCUCCACCCACAGCUCCACCGAGGUGACCGUCUGAGAGCGGCCCGCCGUCUGGUUACACGUACUGACGGAGAGAUAAACGCCAGAGUGAGGAACGUUAAACAAGAGACACAUUUCAUUUACGAUGAAACGGAAGCAGAAGAACAUCAGAGAAGGAGAAGAACAUCUUUUACUCAGCAGGUAGGAAUUAUUAUUGUCCUACAGCAAGGGACUUUUACAUUGAUCUUAUAUAUAUAUAUACUGUAUAUAAAUAUAAAGUAUAUAGACUGGGCCUGAAAGGGAAAUCUAGCACACACACACACACAUUCUCAGCCCAAACUGUUUUGUGUGGUUUUUGUACAGACGUUGUAGGAAUUACUUAUUAUUUUUGUCUGCGCGGAGGUUCUUUAUUUGGCAGAAAUUCUAAAUUUUUGCUGCGUUUGAUGUCGUGAAUAACCUUUUAGAUUCAUCUCUGUGGUUCAGAACUCAGGAAACGUGUUCACUUAAACCUGACGCUGAACAUCUUUUACCUUCAUUGGCAACCAACAGCUCCCCCCCCCCCCUUAAGAGAAUUGAUUGGGUCUUCUAAUCCCUUAACUCCGCCUCCAGGCCUCGGCCUCCCAGCGUCCACCUCCGGCUCAUUCACACAAAUAGAGGCGAGAAAAUAACUCUGGACUGACUAUUGUUGCAUUUCACAGAGUUUAGAACCACGAUGAUUUAAAUAUCUGGAAGUUGAUCUACUUAAAAGAAUAAAUGAUCCUCUCAUGUGACGUCUUUUCGGGCCCUGUGUGCGUCACGUGGCGUAGCUGAACAUCUUUAUCUGAAGGCGGGGGUCACUCUUCUCUUUUAACCCCGUGCAUGAAAGCCAAUCACCAGGUCAUUUCCAGGCCCCAUAAAAGCCUUUUUUUGUGCAGUUCUACGAUAAGUUUCGAUUAAAAAGACCUCCACUAUUCUGCAUCUCUCGGUCCCUCGGCCUCCCCCACCCUCCCUCCGCUUUACGUCCUGCACCAUCGGGCCGAGCACACGGGGGACGGCA